GCAAGGUGCACUGACACUGGGCCUUAAUUUGCCGGGCUACAUCAUACUUACAAGGCCUUUUUACAACCAAACGAUUCUCGCCUCUGUGAGCAACGCAAGCAUUGGUUCAGUGAGCAGUGUUCCAAACCAAAAGAGUUUUCCACUAAUUAAAAAGAUGAAUCACAGCAAGAUGACUCUUGCCAGUGCAGUCCUUCUCUGUCUCACCAUGUUCCUGGGUAUGAGCCAAGCUAAAGUAUCCUUUCCAAAGGAUAACCGAGUAGAUGUGGACUUCCCUCCAAAGGUUCAUUACCGGCGAGAUGGUGUCAUAGCAACAGGGCAUCUUAGACCAUUUGGAUACCAAAAAAAGCCCACAAGUCGAGUAAAAGAAUACAGGGAGCCCCUCCCUCCCAGGAACUUCUGGGAAGACCAUGUACGUCAUAGAGAACCCUGUGUCUACAGGGGUGCAGUCACUGACUCACCAGCUCUCACAAACUGGACAGAUGAUUACCUCACAAAAGAGUAUGGUGACCUUGAUGUCCUGGUGGAGGUGAAGAAGGAGGAUCGGACCAAGAAACGUUUGAGGAUGAAGAUCAAAAAGUUCCUUAGUCGCUACGAGAUGGAGAACUGGUAUGUGGUGACAGUACUACCGGAUGAGAUGAGGCAUGAAUUACAGGUACCCAAGAGUCUGCUGUGUGGUACCUUCAAGAGGUUUAUCCAGGAGACUAACCUAUGGAUCAGCAGUGGAGGGACAGCAUCAGUCAUCCACUAUGAUGCCGACCAUAACCUACAUUGCCUGCUCUCUGGAAAAAAGAACUUCAUCAUGAUACACCCCAAGUUUGCGAAGUAUUUAGAGAUGGCUGAAAAGACUUUCUUUGUAGGUUCUGGAUUUUCUUCUCUGGAUGUUGAUAUGAUCAAUAUGUUCCAGCAUCCUGAUGUAGCUAAGGUUCAGUGGACUUGGGCCACUCUUAACCGGGAUUGUAUCUAUAUCCCUGCAGGCUAUCUGCAUCAGGUUCGGGCUCAUGGCAGGAGUAUAUCAGGCACCAUUCUCUUCACAUCUUUGCCAACAUUUGAUGACUCUGACUGUAGCAGAGACAUUGUAAAUACCUAUACCAGUCUUGAUGAAGUCAGAGUUCUAUGGACCUAUAAGAAGGGAGAUAAAGUGAUUGAGAUGGGUUAUAUGAACCCUGAAAGUCUGAGAGACAGUUUCCUCAGCGUCUUGGGAGAGGCAAAUCAGCUCAAAUUUGAGCAAUUCAAGUAUUACCUCAUCGACAUGACAAUGGAAGAUGGACAAGUCUCAAGAGAAAUGGACUUCCCAGAGGCAGAGGAGGCUUUCCGGAUUUUCGAUCAUGAGAACAAAGGGUAUCUUACAAGAGAAGAAAUCGAAGAGAUGGACGUGGAAUACUUCAAAGAUUUUGCAAGGAUACUUGAUAUGCCUAGCGGUCCUACAUCAGAUGAGAUGCAUGAUGAGUUAUAACUAUAAUUCUUUUCAUCCAUCUUAUUUUAUUUGUGCUGGAAUAUCAGAAAUCAAUGAACAGUUGAACCUCAGUAUAAAGAGCUUAGAUAGAACAAGGUAUCUGUUAGAACAAGGUAAUUUCACUGAUACCAGCUCUUUAUAUAUUUUCGUUUUUUUACCCUGAUAUAACAAGGUAG